AUGAGCACGUAUUGGAUGAUAAAAUGUCCACAUGUGGUGGUAUCGCUGUUAGCUUGCGAUGAUGAUUAUGGUCAGAAAACGGUAUCUGUGCUUGUCGAUGGUAUCGAGACUGACUUGGAAAUUAUCGACCAUCCCGCAUGUGAAAUGUCGACGGAGGCGUUUUGUUCCACCUACAACAUUGACCUAUUUGUUGUUGUAUACUCGGUAGUGGAUCGCAACUCAUUUAAAGCAGCUGAAAAGGUUUUGCAGUAUCUGAAGGAGAAUGAAAUGCUGCUUACACGUGGCGCUAUAUUGGUGGGAAACAAAACGGACUUGGAGCGGCACAGGGAAGUGACUAGACAAAUGGGUCGGAAAUUAGCCAAAGAGAUUGCAUGCAAAUUCAUAGAAACUUCAUCAGGCUUGGAUCAUAAUGUUGAUGAGUUGCUUGUUGGCGUGGUAGCACAAGUUAAACUCAAUCCACAGCGCAUACAUAAUUUGAGUGAACGUGAUCGUCAACGUUUAAAUUUACAAAGCACAAUACAGAAACACCGACACAUGCAUAUGCCAGCAAGACGUAUGGUACGUCAAAUGUCCAUGUGUCAUGGUGAUGAUGGCAAUGCCGUUUGCCAUGAGGGUGAUGAAAAUCAAUCAAACAAUGUAAUUGGUUCCUCAGUUGGUGAUGAAGGCAUUGGCACUGGGAGUGAACGCACUGCAAGUACAAGUCUAUCGUCGGGAGCAAGUAAACCAACUAACAAAGGACCUGUACGUAAAACUAAUAAACGUACUUUGAAUUUGGAAAGUAUAUUGAAAAUGGGUGAAAGUGAAUUAGAAGAUGAGGAAGAGUUGCAUCGACAGCACAAUUAUUCACAAACAAGAACUCCAAGUAAAUUUGAGUUACUGACUUCUGGUCGAACACCGUUUGGAAGCGUUAAUUCUUCUCCAAAAUCACGACAGUCAUAUGAAUCAAGUGGUGGUAGUGGCAAAACUGGACGUGCUAGUGGUGGCAGUAGUGGCGCACAUACAACUGGUGAGGCCAUCAGUCAACAUUAUCGAGAAAACCAUGUUGAGGAUAAUUUACUCGAAGAUUGCAAUCGUAAGACUGUUUCCAAACUGACUAAUCGUACGAAAAUAUUUCUUUCGUCAGUGUUAAAGUUUAAAAAAGCUAUUAAUGUUAAACGUAGAAAUUCGUCAAGUUGUAGUGAUUUGUUUGUAAUAUAA